AUGUUUCAGUUACUUUGUUGCAGAGCGAGUAUCACCGCUCCAGGUCGGCCAUUGUUGUUGUAUUCACGGAUUAAUAAAACAGCGGCGGACAAAUGGAAACUUUCACGGUAGGGUUAUUACAUGACCUAUGUACCUGCUUUGGCUAUAGAGUGGCAACUAGUGUUUUGCAAAUGAACCAUGUCUCAUCCGAGCCAUUAUUAACAUUGAAUUAAUAUUAUUUUUUACCUAGAUUUGGUGGGUCAUUCACUCUUAGGUGUACUAAUAUCGGUGGGAUGUACUCAUCUAUUGUGUCUGAAGACUAGUCACUCUGGCCAAUAACCCAGAAAACAUUAAAAACAAAUUAUUGAUAUGAAGUUUGAUUAAUGAUUUUAAUUGAGGAAAACAGUCAUCAGAUUAAUUGAUAAUAUUUUACUGGUUUCCAACGACCAUAGCCUAACAAAUAUACAGCUUUUGUGACAUAAGUAUUGCGAAACUGUCAUAAUAGUUUACCAACUGACCUGUUGUGUGGAUAUUCUUUUUUCAGUGGGUUUAAGUCUCCAGGAUCCAAAGGGUACAGUUCCUCACAGCAGCCUGGAAAUACUGUCAGUCGAGCCUGGUUCUUUACGAAAGGAGCUGUCCGCCAGUCUGCGACCCGAACAUCCAAACCCCCGGGAGUGGCUCUGAGGUUCAUCCUCGGACCAGCAGUACUCACAGUCUCUGGACGACUGUUUUGCCAUGUCGCUUACUGUGAGGCAGAUGAGAACAACAACAUCUCAUUGGAAGUUGACCCCAAAACCCCUGUGCCUGACUUCAAAUGGCAUAUCCUUUGGGAGUUUGUCAAACCUCAGUUGCUCGCUCUCGUUAGUGCUGUGGUGGUAAGCCUGAAUCACUUCACUCAUACGUUAUCAGUGUUUUUAAAAGAAGAUGUAAUGGCACUUUUAAGAUGAUUGAUUACAUUUGUAUUGUAUCUUUUCAGCUUGCAUUUGGUGCAGCCAUCUUGAAUAUUCACAUCCCACUGAUGCUCGGAGAUCUGGUGAAUGUUGUGGCACGUUUCUUGAGAGACCAAUCAAGGAGUUAUGUGCAAGAAAUACAGGGGCCUGCACUGAAAUUGCUUGGGCUUUACAUUUUCCAAGUAAGCAAACUAAUCUAUAAAUGCCUAUAAAUAGCACACUUUACAUCUAUGACAAGAGUCUAAUCCUGACAUACUGUCACUUUCAUAGUAACAAUAAUGAAGUAUUUAUUAGGGGUUUAACUGGGCUUUUAUUUCGCAGUAAAAUAUCUGAAAUCAAAUGUGAAUAGUAGACACAUUCAAAAAUAACAGCUUUAGAAUAGCAGGUGCCUUGAUGAGGGUGAGCGUAUGAUGUCAGCAUGACAAUCUCAAGUUAUUUUUACUCUAGAAAAAUGCGCAUGAAAACCUGAAAAUGUCACAUCUGUUUCAUAAAGGAAGAUCUCUAAUCAGCACCUUUGUGCAGGGCCUGCUGACAAGUGGCUACAUCAUCCUGCUUUCAAGAGUGGGGGAGAGAGUGGCAGCAGACAUGAGGAAGACUCUCUUUGCAUCAUUACUGAGGUACAUUCUCACUAAUGCUGGAGUAACUUAUUGUGAUGUUUACAGUCAUUUACUUUGCUCAUGGCUGGCAUGCAUCUGAGUCCAUUUUAUGUUACAUUCUGUCUCAGGCAAGAUGUAGCUUUCUUUGAUGCUAAUAAAACUGGGCAGCUGGUGAAUCGUUUGACUGCUGAUAUUCAGGAGUUCAAGUCAUCCUUUAAGCUGGUCAUCUCUCAGGUAAAAAGUGCUUCAUUUUUGACAGAUACCACAGAUAUGUGUUUCUGUUUAAGCUGUCAAGAGUUUUUUUUUUCUUACCUAUUUUUAUCUUGCCUCAAGGGUCUGCGGAGUAUUACACAAACGGUUGGCUGUUUCUUCUCGCUAUACGUCAUCUCACCCAAACUGACAGGCUUGACAGUUGUGGUUCUCCCCUGUCUAGUGGGAGCAGGAGCUCUCAUCGGCUCAUUCCUCCGCAAACUGUCUCGUUUGGCUCAAGAGCAGGUGAUACCUAAUGUAGAAAAUAUCACUGUUAUUAUUACAAUUAUAGCUUUGAGUCUUACUACUAUGCUAGUAGAGGGUGCUCUGCAAAUACAAAGCUUUUAUAAAGCCUUUAUAUAGAUAAAGAACAGCUUGAUUUUAGUAUGUAUUGUAUGAUAUGUAAUUCAGGACAAAAAUUAGCAACUGUAGAUCAGAAGUUACAGUGAGUACUACUGUUUGCUGGCACUUCAUGGCUGUAACUACAAACAUUAAGUAUGUUUUUACACAGUAACCUCAAACCUUUUUUUCAGUACCUGCCCUUAUAGCAUAUUCAAAAGGAGACACAAUGAAACGGAAAUUUUCUAGCAGUGAACUCGUUAUGUCAUUUUUAUUUGUCGACUUCUUUGUCUUUGAUCUAAGGUGGCAAAAGCGACAGCAGUGGCUGACGAGGCGCUUGGCAAUGUGCGUACAGUGAAAGCUUUUGCGAUGGAGGAGAGGGAGCUCCAGUAAGUGAAAGUGGACAUGUUUUCUGAUAUACAUUUUUCCCCAGUAGAGACAAAGACAACCAUAUAUUAGAGGACAAAUGUCAUAACUCUAUAAGCAUUUUCUGUCCUGCAGGUUGUAUGCAUAUGAAGUUGACAAAUCAUGUGAAAUGAACGAAAAUCUCGGUGCUGGAAUUGCAGUUUUCCAAGGACUAUCAAACAUUGCAUUAAACUGUGAGUGUAUUUGUAAAUGUUAAUUAAUGAGACUUUGCUAAGGAGAUUGGUACUGUGUCUGACAAUAGUCUAAAAUCUGCAUGUGUUAUCUUUAAUUGCAGGCAUUGUGCUUGGAACUAUUUUUGCUGGAGGGACUUUAAUUUCAAGCAAUGAAAUGUCCCCUGGAGACCUCAUGUCUUUUCUGGUUGCUUCCCAGACAGUUCAAAGGUACAAAAAUACAGCAUGUUCUUUAUAAAUACAAAGAUCAGUUUUAUGGAAGCCAGUGUUUGAAUACAACGGUAUUCUUCUUGUUUUUAGGUCUCUAGCCAGUAUCUCUAUCCUUUUUGGGCAGGUAAGAAAAAUCAUCCUGACAUACCCUUUGUUGGAAUCUGAAACACUGUUAAGCAAGAAACUAAGCUGUCAGUCUCUGUGGGUAUAACAGAUGGUACGAGGGAUAAGCUCUGGUGCUCGGGUUUUUGAAUACCUCACUCUAAAGCCAACCAUCCCAAACUCUGGAGGAGGACGCAUCCCGUACCAUUCUCUGACAGGAAGAGUGGACUUCAUGAAUAUUUCAUUCAGGUUGGGACUCGUCCUGACUCCAUUCUGGAUAUUAUCUGAUCAUAAGGUCAUAGCAUUAAUUUUUCUUUUUUGAUUUCAAGUUACCCAACAAGACCUGGACAUCAGGUCCUGAAUAAAUUCAACUUGACGCUGCCCCCAUCUAAAACGGUUGCCAUUGUUGGAGAGUCUGGAGGAGGUAAUUUCAUUGCAACUGAUACACAAUGAAAAUGCAUAAUGAGAUCAUGAAACGGAGCUUGUGAUGAUUUCAUCUGUUACAUUUUAGGAAAGUCAACUAUUGCAUCCUUGCUGGAGCGUUUUUAUGACCCAACCAAUGGUGUCAUCAUGCUGGAUGGACUGGACAUCCGAACACUUGAUCUGUCUUGGCUGCGGGGACAAGUCAUUGGAUUUAUCAAUCAGGUAAAAAUUGAUCAUCCUUCAUGCAUCUCCGUUUUUUUUAAUAGUGAUGCCAGUUCGGUCAUGUUUGUAUAAUCUAUAACACUUGUUGGUAUCCAGUUUUCACAAUGCUUUCCCUGUGUCCACAUAGGAGCCAGUUUUGUUUGGCUCAUCUAUCAUGGAGAACAUCCGCUUUGGAAUGCCUGAGGCCACAGAUGCUGAGGUCAUUUCUGCUGCCAAGCAGGCCAAUGCUCAUGGCUUCAUUACAGCUUUCCCAGAUGGAUACAACACUUUCGUUGGUAUGCCUUCUUGUCAGAGAAUUUUCAACACCAAAAUUUGUGCUUGUUCCAGGUCAGUAUUAAACUCUGGAUUUCUAACCACCAGGGGAGCGAGGUGUGACAUUAUCAGGUGGCCAGAAGCAGCGCAUCGCCAUUGCCCGAGCCCUAAUCAAAAACCCCAGCAUCCUUGUUCUGGAUGAAGCCACCAGUGCUCUGGAUGCAGAAUCGGAGCGGGUCGUGCAGGAGGCUCUGGACAGGGCCACAAGGGGUCGCACUGUGCUCAUCAUUGCCCACCGUCUGAGCACCAUCCAGGCUGCUGACCUCAUCUGUGUCAUUAGCAACGGCCAUAUUGUAGAGGUGAGGAAGCGCAGUAUUCAGAGGGGAUGGAGCCCUUAUCUCCAUACAGAAGUUAAUUUAUUUGACUCCUUUGCAAGUUCAAAUAAGUUUUUAAUUGAAGUGAAAACACUUGUUCCUUCAAUCUCAACAAAGUAACCGUGUAAUGAAUUUGUAACUAUAUCUAACACCUACGUUUGUUCUUUAAAGGCUGGGACUCACCUUGAACUGCUGGGCAGAGGAGGACUAUAUUCUGAUCUGAUCCGCAGACAAAGGGCGGAGGAGCAGAAAUGA